AUGUCCGCUGCACCUGAAUACCCGCCCGUCUUCUGCAUGGGUAACCCCUUGCUGGAUCUCCAAGUCCGAGACGGCGAAAAGCUCCUCGAAAAGUACGGAUUGAAGUCGAACGAUGCUAUCCUUGCCGAAGAAAAGCAUAUGCCCAUCUACGACGAAUUGGUCAAGGACUAUGAAGUGACUUAUGUCGCCGGAGGUGCUGCUCAAAACGCUGCCCGUGCCGCUGCUUAUGUCUUGCCUCCUAAGCACGUAGUUUAUGUCGGUGCGGUCGGGGACGAUCAGCUUGCCGAUCAGCUGCGAGCCGCCAACGACAAGGAAGGGGUUGAAUCCGCUUAUCAGGUUCACUCUGGUGAAAAGACUGGAGCCUGUGCCGUCGUUAUCACUGGCCACGAUCGAUCGUUGUGCACGACCCUCGCUGCGGCUGAAAAGUUCGAGCAGAGUCAUCUUCAAAAACCGGAGAUCAAAGCCUACUUGGACAAUGCCAAAUUCUUCUACAUUGGAGGAUUCUUCCUGACGCAUGGAAUCGAAAGUGCUUUGGACGUUGCCAAGGUGGCCAGUGGAAAGGGCAAGGUUGUUGCUCUCAAUCUGUCGGCUCCCUUCAUCCCGCAAUUCUUCAAGGUUCAAUUGGAACAGCUCUUGCCCUAUGUCGACAUCCUUAUUGGCAACGAGUCUGAAGCCGAAGCUUAUGCGGCUGGUCAAGGGAUGGCUGACUCGAGCAUCGCUCAGAUCGCGAGCGCGAUUGCCAACUUGCCCAAAUCCAACGCCUCCCGUCCUCGCCUCGUUGUCAUCACUCAAGGUUCCGAAUCCACGCUCGUUGCGUCGUCUUCGGCGUCUUUGUCGAAGUGCAACAUUCAUCCCGAAGAACCGAACCCCAAGACCUACCCCGUGCCUAAACUGACCGACGACCAGAUCGUUGAUACCAAUGGAGCCGGAGACGCGUUUGCCGGAGGAUUCUUGGCUGCUCAUGCCUUGGGGAAAACCCUCAACGAGUGCGUCGAGGUCGGACAUAAAAUGGGCCAGAUGUGUGUUGGGCAAGUGGGACCUGCCUUCAAGUUCCCCAAGAUUAGCGUUUUGUAG